GUGGGAUUCUGGUUUUUGGAAAGAGACAGACACUGCACAGUUGGGUCUCUCCACCUAAACACAUCACUUCCAGUCUGCUUUUCUCUUUGUUGAUAACCCAAGGUUAUUCUGGAAACCCUUAGCUCCUGAGAGCAACCAGAACAGCUAGUUACACUGUGUCAGUUGAUCUAAGACCUCUCCACAUGAUGGGUUCUGUGCUCCCAGCAGAAGCCUUGGUGCUGAAGAGUGGACUGAAGCAAUCAAGUCUGUCCCUGGCUGAAAUGAUCACCUCUGACAUCCUUCACAGCUUCCUCUAUGGUCGCUGGAGGAAUGUCCUUGGGGAACAGUUGUUUGAAGAAAAGAAUAAUCACAGCAGUCCCAAAACUGCCUUCACAGCAGAGGUCCUGGCACAGUCCUUCUCUGGAGGUGAGUACCAAGAGCAGGCACCUAGAAGGCUUCCAAGCCAAGAGGUCCAACCACAUUGAACUUAGUGUGGGCUGGAGGAACAUAAAGAUAGAGUAGCAAAAUCCAGAACUAGGUAGAGAAUCAGAAAGGCACAAAUUGUGUCAUUGUUACCAUUUUAUGUAGCUUUUAUAUGCUCACCUGUUGGGAUAAGAAUUUUAAAAAAAUAUAUACAGUACCAUUAUUUAUUUAGUUUUUAUAUGCACAUCUGAUGGGAUAAAAAUGUAUAAUUUUAUAUAUAUGCUGGGUUUUAUAUAUAUAUAUUAUAUUUAUUUAUUAAUGCAUGCAGAUUUUCACAUCCAUGAAUUUUAAUAUAUGGUGUAUUGCUUGUUGUUUGGAUGUGUUCUUUCAAACUGUUAGAUUUAACUAAACUCCCCUCAAAUCUCAUCUCACUUUAAGCUGAGUUCUCUUUUCCCCCAGUCUCUUCACCCAUCCUACCCCAUGCCCCCCUCCACCCCCCUCACCUUCCUCCCCAAUCUCUGCCUUCAUCCCUCUUAUUCCUGCAGUUUAGCAAGGCGUGUAAUAGACCCAGACUUGGAAAAAAAAAAAAGAAAGAAAAAGUUUAAAUUCAUUUAGUUAACUUGGGCUUGACCUGAGAAAUUUUCCCACUUAAACCAACUUAAAAAGAGACUAAACAAAAAAAAGGUCUCUUUUCUUUUAAGAUGUCUCAAAUCCUUACUGCUCAUUCAUCAAUCUCAGGACAAUAACUCUCCUUCUCUCCUGGCAUCUAUGGAGAAAGCAUUAUCCUUCCUUUUUCAAAUUUGUUCCUUUCUUAAUUUACCAUGAAAACUAAAUCCAUUUGCAUUCACUUUAUGUCAACCAUCUAAUCUCACCAUUUUGUUUCCCAAAUUCCUUCAGCUUUAUAGCAAGUCCUCUCUACAUGCUUCAGAAAUGUCUAGCACUGGUAUUCAUAAAGGCUAAUGAAUUUAGAAUUAGUGAUUUCACUCUUGUUGGGUUUUCUGAAUGCCUAUCACUUUAACAGUGUGACAAAUUGCUAGAUGGACAGAUAGGGUCCAUUAUUUAACCCCUGUCUUUUUCAAAACAAAACCCUUUGUAUAUCUUUUUCUAUAACAGGUAUGCUUUUAAAAAUUCCUCUAGUUAAAAAAAAUGAUCCAUUUUAAAAUUCAAAUAACUGUUGGUUUUAUCAUCAGAAAAAUAAUAAAAGGGAAUUUUAGAAAAAAAUGGGAAGGAAAAAAACCUCAAAGUUUUAAUGGAACGAAAUCAGUUUUAAAAGCGAUCUGUUUAAUUUGACUUUUUUUGUGGUUUUGUUUUUAAUGUUUUUUGUUUUGCAUCAAGCGAUGAAAAAAGUUUUUUUUUUUAAGCAUUCUAUUGGCAAAAUCUCAUUUUAUUUCUAUAUUUCUAUUUAUUUAUUUUUUUAGAGAUAGGAUAUUGUAAGUAUAUUUUUAGAAACAGUUUAAAAUGUAUGAAUAUCUUCUGAGUCAGAGAUAAAUUACUUUGAAACAAUGUCACGUUUUAAUGCUCGCAUUAAGUAAAGAGAUUAAUUAAAACAAACAAACAAACUAGAAGGAUAAAAUAGGAUGUCUUAACAUUAAAGCAAUUGAUCGUCAAUAAAAUACAUGAAUCACUUUUAUUGCGAUACUAUCUUUAAAUUCUACGUACAUCAUUAAAUGCGCACAGCCAACCGCUAAGCGAAUAGCUAAUUCAUAUUCUUUAUAUAUCAAUACAUAUAUAUAUAUAUACCUUAUUACAUGCCUAAAUACUAAAUACAUAGCAUUGAUUUUCAAUCUGUUUGGUAUAACUUUUAAACAUCUUCCAUAUACGCUCUAUAUAUUAUGAUAGAUUUAUAUAAUAUAUAUUUAGCGCACUUGUAGUCAUUAUUGGAUUAUGCUCUAACUAUCCCGCAGCGCUGUAGAAUAGAAUACAUUAAAUAUAAUAUAAUAUUCCAUUUAGAAUUUAAAAUCUGUCGGGAUGACAAUUUGAAAGUGUUUAUUGCCACCAUUGCCAACCUUGGUGAUAGGUACCACUGAUGAGAUAUCUAGAUACCACAAUGUAUAAAUGCCAGGGUAUGCGAUGGAGAGAUAAGCCAACAGGGUAUGGGAUGGGGAGAUAUUUUUGGGUCCCUUCUCCUGUGAAUAUGGAAGAAUAUACGCCCUGAUAACCUGCUGGCACAAUAUCUGGGUACUUACUAUCUUAGCAAUAAUGGUCAUAAAGGUGUAUUAUAUUAUCUGCGUUUUAACCCAUGGUUGGUUAGAGGUAUCAGAUAAGGUUCUGGUUAAGUAGGGUAUAGAUAUGCCAAUUCCGUUGCCAACUUUCCAUACUUUGUCCUUUUUAAUAAGUUUGACCGUCAGGUAAGAGGUGCCAACUCUAUAUCUUCUCAGUGGCAGAAUGUAUGCACGUAAGGUGCCUACUGAUGGUAUCCCAGACCCAGUUCUGCCUGUGUGCUGACCCACUUGCCUUUCUUGUUUCAGAGGUCCAGAAACUCUCCAGCCUAGUGCUGCCUUCUGAAGUUAUCAUAGCCCAGAGCUCCAUCCCUGGAGAAGGUUUGGGCAUCUUCUCCAAGACCUGGAUCAAAGCUGGCACCGAGAUGGGACCAUUCACUGGGAGGGUCAUCUCACCUGAGCAUGUGGACCUGUGCAAGAACAACAACCUAAUGUGGGAGGUGAGGAGUCACGCUGAUUACUUUGCAAGCUAAUAUCAUCCAUGUGCAGAUAAAAAGAGAAUUACAUAAUACAGACAGUGUCAUAGACUUCUGUAGAGUUUGGAUAUAUUUCAUGAUGAGGAAUGGAAUCUUCUGUUUUGUUACUGUAUUUUCUGAGGAUUAUUAAUCCCCAUUGUGAUCGCUAGGGCUUCAAUUUACCCACCCAGGUAGAACACAGGUAUCACUGGAUCCUGAGGCAUGGGGGUCUUUUUGGCAUGGUAAUUUUAUCUUCAGGGUAUAAGGAACAUAUCUUCUGAUCAGCAGAUAUGUCAGUCAGAUAGGAUAUAAAACAUUCCUCAGUCUUAUCAGAGUAUAUCAUUCAGAGAAAGGCAUUCAUCCUGAGAACCUCAGGAAAAUCUAGAUUGCCCUUAGGUGGUAGAUGGGGGUGGGAGGUUGUAGACCCAUUAAAAAGAUAAUGAUAAUUAACAAGAUAAUCUGAAGUGCAUGCACUUGUCAGACUCUUCAAGUGUCAAUUCAAAUGUCAGUACCCACCCAUUUUCAUAUAGGUGUUGAAAGACUAAAGUGAACAAAUAAUUGUUUCAUUAUGUUUAAUCAAGGACACAUAUAGAUAAUGCACGUCACAGCUUUUCACAGAUUCUAAUUUACAGACAUAGACAAAGGUGCACACACAGAUUCGCACACAGGCAAGGAUACACCCAAAACACAAUAUUAACAUUUGUAUUAAUAUGAUCAAGUGAAAACUUAGCACAGACAAUAUGUGGGUCUGUAUUGUAAUUAUGAAUAGGACUGAACAGCUUUAUAAAAAAAAUCUUUCCUUUAUUAUUAUAACCUUUUAUUAUCUAUUUGAGCUUUAUUAACCUGGAAUAAUUUUAUUCCAAGCAUUUGUUUUGUGAAGUGCCAAUUCUGUAGACAGAUGGAAGCACAUACAUACUGAUCUAUUUAAGUAGAGAGCCAAGGAUGAAAGUGAUAAUUAACAGCACUUAAAUCAUUAUUUGUAAUCAUUAUUUAGUAUUAGAAUGUAUUGGCCUAUGAUUAAGUACUAGUAUGUGUGUGUGUGUGUGUGUAUAUAUAUAUACACCAUAGUGUUCAAAUAGAGAUUGUAGCCGUAUUAGUUCAGUGAUGUAGAUGUACAAAACAGAUAGAAUUCAGAUUUUACCAGUUUUUUACAUCUAUAUAUAUAUUUUUUUUAUUUAAAUAAAAAAAAAAAAAAUAUAUAUAUAUUUUUUAAAUUUUGGUGGGCUUAAAGAGUUUCUUUCUCUCUACGUGAUGCUAUUGUUCUUGCUGGUUUUCAUGUUAUAAUCAGUUUCAUACAGUGACGAAAAUACACAUCAUGCAUUUGCCUUAGACUUGCUAAAGGGAGCUUUUUCCAAAAAUGUGUCAUUCCAAAAUUCUCUUAUAAUGUAAUGUUACAGAUAUUGCAAGAUAUGGCAACAACCUGUUACAUCAGCCGCUUAUUUCGCCUUGUGGAAUCUGAUCAAAUUUGAAAGGCACAAAUUCUUUGAUUUAAGUAGGUUUAUUGAUCUGAAGCUGCGACCAGUAAUGAGCCAAUUAGAUUGAUAGCAUCUAUUUUUAUAGCACCAAUAAAAUUAAAUAAAGAGUAUCACAAGACUUGAUUUGAUUGAGACAUAGUGAUACGGCAGAAUUUGAGCGCCCACCUUCAAAUGUAAUCUAGACUAGAACACAGAUGGAGGUGACUGAAUCCGGAAGUGUUUUAUGUCCUAUUUUUGGUGACUGGCUUAUGGAGUGCAGAAAACCCCCCACCAAAGUAACUAUUUCAUUUUAUGUUAAUCGAAGAAAUUAAUGAUAAUCUUUCACUAGAACAAUGUUGAGAUUUAUUUUGACACAUUAUAUUUAUACAGCAUUUUAAAGACAAUUCUCAUUCUUUACCAACCAGUUAUAAUUUUAUAGAACAGAAGUCUUUCAUUCAAUAAGGACUGAUAUUACGGAGACCAUAAAGUUCUUUGGGUGGUAGAGAGGUCUCAAGGUUCUACAUGGUGAAACAUGACUAUAUAAGAGAUGAAGGUUGAAGGACAAAGCUUUGCAGUAGGGUGGUUGGGGCAUAAUAAAGUUUAGCAAGAAGGAUAGGAGGUAACAAAGACUAUGGCAGGUGGGGUUGAAGGCAUCACCGAACGGUACUGAAGAAGACUAUUCAGGGGCCUUUGGGAGUGGUUCUGCCAACACAGAGCUGGAUUCUCUAAGCAAAGCAAUAUUUUACUCUGCUUACUGAAUUGUAAUUCUUAAAUUGAAGUCUUUGGGAUAAUUACUAUUCAAGAAGCAGAAUAAAUACUUCCUUUGCUAUGAGAAUCAAGCCUAUAGUGUAUAGCAAGAAUGUUGAACGGGAGCCUAAACCAUGGCACUAGGCAGUCAAUUAAGAUAAUUAUAUGAUAGUAUUAGUGCCUCUAGUUGGAAAGGUACCUCUUUUGGUGGCCCAAUAAAUGUGACUAUUUUGCCACAUACAGUAUGUCAGAUGAAGCUUACCCAAGUAAUUGAGCUCAACCACCUCUAGUCUCUCUUUUUAUUUUACUCUCUAUUGGCAAGUAACUGUUUCAACAAAGAACAAAGACAUUUAAUUUGAGGGUUAAUUUUAAUUUGAGGGUUGACAAUCAUAUCAUUAUGGAAAUUAGAUGACAAUUGUAAUCUCUCUUUUACUUCAGUGAUUAAUUAUAAUAAUACCCAGUGACACUUUUCUUUCUUUCUUUUUAUAUUUAUUUGUACACAAGUUCAUAUAUAUAAUUUAACAAUCAAUUAAAUGCUACCAGUUUCGGAUUUUUUUCUUUUACAGUUAAUUACAACAAUGGACCUUUGUGUACAAAAAUUAUAUUGCUUUGUAAAAUGAAUUCUUGUCCAGAUAUAAGCAAAGUUAGAAUGCAGAAUAUCAGUUUAAAUACAAUUCUUGCAGUGAUAUUUUGCAUGGUGCAACUAUUUGAGCAAAUCCGACAAAAAAUAUGGAAAACCAAUACAUUUAAAUAUAAUGUAUUAUUGACAAUUCAUUGUAUAGCACCAACAAUUUAAAUAUUGGUUCAUACAUCACUUAAAGGGCUUUGAAAUAUUAUGAGACUAUACAUGGUAAGGUGCUCUGCCUGCAAGUUUAAACGACAUGUGAAAUAAAAAAUGGCGGGGUUAUUCGCUAAAAUAAGAAUUUGAAGUAAUUUUCAAAUUUAAGUUCAAAAUAGCCAAACCAGAAAAAUUCUCAAAGUCAGGCUACUCUGGCCUUACAUUUGAAAUUCACUGUGAUCUUACUUUAGUGAGUAAGCCUGUAAGAAAAUGAAUUGUAUUGUUGUCAGGAAUUUGUCAGUGGCUAGACUGUUUCUUCAAGAUGGCCUUCAAAUUUGGGUGGUCACGUUCUUUGUGGACUCAAAUAUCUUUCCACGGGGGACUGGUAAAGUAUUAAAUGAAAUGUUGUUUCUCUAAAGCUUGUUGGCCAAGAUGAUAUGGGAUCUAAGACCUGCCCAGUGCAAAUCAGGAAAGAUUUUAAUUCAGGGUCAGAAAACAUAAGUAUGAUGUGUUAAAGGUAAUAUCUGAACACUACAGCAGAAAUCAAUUAAAAAAGGGGUUAAAUUCUCUGGAGGUUGUUGUCCACUAAACAGUGAUUUGGCAUAGUGAAAAUUAAAAAUCUUGGGGUACGAUAACCCGGGGUAAUUCAUUUUAAGGAGCCGUAUCAUUUUGCAUUUUUGUGAAAGAGGGCAGUCAUCAGGGAGUAAAUGUUUUAUCUCUAUGUGUUCUUCAUGCAGGUAUUUAAUGAAGAUAGCACUGUGCGUUACUUCAUUGACGCCAGCCAGGAGGAUCACCGCAGUUGGAUGACAUACAUUAAGUGUGCGCGUAAUGAACAGGAGCAGAACUUGGAGGUGGUACAGAUUGGGAACAGCAUCUUCUACAAAGCCAUAGAGGUGAGUGGUGGAGUGUACAUGCAAUGUAUUAUAUGGAUGUGGCUCACCACUUCCAUAUAUCUGGCCAGUACAACAACCAUAAGAAUACCCUACAAAUAGCUUAUUUAACAAUGUUUAAUUUGUAUUUGAUUUACCAUCAAACCUACGAAAUGCUGUCCAGAACAUAUUUUGACAUAUUGUAAUCAAAAGUUCAUUGGCUGCAUGUCAAUAUUUCAGAAUUGUAGGUAAGGAUAGUGAAAAGGCAGGCUCCAUUCUUGUGGAACGGCACAUUCCAUUGUGCUUUGCCAGUCUUUGCAUAAUGGGUGCUGGAGAUCUAUUUGUUAGGACAUCCACAUGACAAGUUUUCUAAAACCAGGUGAAACAGGGGAACAUCAGGGAUUUGCCCGUGGUAGUCUUGUGACUCAGUUGCUCUGUAAAUUUCAAUGACCCUGAGGUCAUGUAGCGACUAUGUAAAAAAACAGCUUGCUGGGGUCUCUCAUGAGCUACAACGGGGCACCUUACUAUUAAUGCUGACAACGGGAAAGCAGCUUUUGGCUGGGACAAUAGGGUCAUUCACUGUUCUGGUCACACAGCAGGGGAAGUUAGUCUCUCGUCUAAGAGACAAAAAUCAAUGUGAUAUCCAACAAAUGGCAGGGUACAGUGAAUAUGUUGUCAGCAAAGCCAUGAUUAUAGAUGUCUACUUCAGACAAAGCUUGAAGAAUGGACUUCACUGAUCCCGGAAACUGCCUUUAUAGUUAAGUUAAUGAAAGCCUUAUUUCUACCCAGCCAUUAGUUGAUUUUUCUUUCCGUAUACACAAACAGUAUAUAUAUAUUUGGAUUGGCUCACAAACUGCCCCAGCAUCUUCUGACUCUCAUCCACAGGGCUGUGGAACAAAAAAGCACAGAAGGCCCUAGAUUGUCCCCCUGCCCCCCUCCCUCCUGCCCAUUCUGUUGGGCUCAAGGUCUGCCCUGCUUUAUAUUGUUUGCAGCCAGCAACACAUGCAGCUAACCGGCUAUAUGAACCUACCAUUCAUUGCUUCUCUAUUUUAUUCCUAAGGAUUGUUUGUUUAACCCUUAAGGACCAAACUUCUGGAAUAAAAGGGAAUCAUGACAUGUCACACAUGUCGUGUGUCCUUAAGGGGUUAAAGAAAGCAUGUAAAAUAACCUUCUAUUCAGCAGCGGCCUUGGUAACCAGGGAGCUGACGUUCUAAAGUCAAAGGAGGGACCCUGUUUUAUAUCCAAGAGAAGAUUCAGAAUGCAAACCAUUCCGUGGCUGCUAUAUAAAAAGAUAAAUAAAUAAAUAAAAAUAGGUACUUUAAAUGAACACACUGUACUUCAGGAGUGCAAUGCCACAUCAGCUUAAGAUUUGACCUUUGAGAUGCUAUUAACACUUAUGUUAAGAUCUUUCAUUGUAAACCUAAAUCAUCCAAGUAUUAUACUUUCUGCUUUAAAGUUACUAGCAUAUUAUUUAGAUUAAAAUGGGAGGAGGUUCUUUAUAAUCCCACUAGUCCUUAAACACAAUCCGAAUACAGUGGCGUUCCAUUAUCAUAAUUAUAAUUAAUUUACAUAUAUGUUAUAACUCUUCAAGGACUAUUAAAUAAAGUCUUUGAAUUUAAAAAUAUAAUAAAAUAUACAUCAAAGAAUAAUUCUUACCAAGGUUGACAAUAUCAGAUGCAAUGUAUAUAUAGUUCCAUAGGCUGAAAAGAGACAUGCGUCCAUCAAGUUCAGCCUUUCCCACGUCUGUUUUUGCUCUUGAUCCAAAAGAAGGCAAAAAAACAAACAAAAAAACAGUUUGAAAAGCUUCACAAUUUUGCAAUAAACUAGAAAAAAUCCUUCUUUAACCCAGAAUGGCAGUCAUAUAUUUCCUUGCAUCAAGAAGGUAUUACCCCACAAAUUAAAAAUUAUAUCCCUGAAUAUUAUGUUUUUGAAAGUAUUUAACCAUUUAACCAGUUGCUGUUUAAACAUCUGUACAGACUCUGACAAAACCAGUUCUCUUGGCAGAGAAUUCCACAUCCUUAUUGUUUUUACUGUAAAAAAAAAAUUCCUUUGUCUUAGACUAAAUCUCCUUUCUUCAAGUCUAAAUGUGUGACAUCAUAAUCUAUGUAUAGUCCUGUUUAUGAAUACAUUUCCAGGCAGCAAAAAUUGCAAGCAAUCUAUUAUUCAAAUUAAUACUUAUGAGGCACCAAGAUAUUACUCAACAAAUAAGUUGAAAUAUGUUACACUGGUACAAUUUAUUUAAUUAUUAAAGGGGACAAUGAGUUUGCCAAGAACAUUGACAAAUGAACUAUAUUAACUGUGAUUCUUAACAGUCUCUUAUUUUUAUUUUUCACAGACUAUCCCGCCAGAUCAGGAAUUGUUGGUUUGGUAUGGAAACUCUCAAAGCAGUUUUCUUGGAAUCCCAGGAGUCCCAGGCAUGGAAGAGGAACAGAAGAAGAAUAAGCAUGGUGAGUACUGGACGGAUGCCGAAAUUAGAGAUUGGAUUCUAGAAUUUUGACUGUUUAUGCACUGGAAUCACAUUCACAAAUAUUCGUAUAAAAGAGUUAUUAGCAAUAUUGGAUGCCUCAGUUAUAUUGCAGUUUGCAUUUUAUAGCAUAUUGGAAGCAGCCAUCAAUUUUUUCUCAUCUGCGGAUGUUGUGGUCACUGACCAUCGUCUGAAUUCCAGUUAUAUUCUGAUUGGCUGAAAGCACUAUGUAGCCAAUUAAAAUAUAGCUUUAUUUUCAAACAGGACACGUAGAUAUUUUACCACUUUAAACCUUGUAGAAUUUGUCUGCAACAUAGGUUUCUUACAGCAGUGAAUUUCAUAACAUUCAAAGCACAAAACUAAGAGAGGGCAAGGACUCAUUUACUAAACAGUGAUAUGGUGUCAACUAAAUUUUAAAAUUAAGGCCACAUUACUAUAGUUGGGAAAAUAGACCAGUUGGUGAAUCCUUUUCCAACUAUGCCAAAUCGGCCUAAACUUUACACCUUAGUUGUCAAUGCACAAUAAUUCAUUGUUUAGUGAAAAAGCCUCUAAUUGAUUCUUAACUCUUUACACGUUAACAAGAUAAUUUCUGAAGAUUUUGGUUUAUAGUCGCAAGGAAUAUUUUGUCACUUAUUUUAACAAAAAUUAUCUUAUUCUCUAAAAGGUACUAUUUCAGUAUCUUUUUUUGGAACUCUUAUUCAUGUUUAUGACUACAUACUUUUAUGUCAAUUUCAAUUGCCCUGUUUUAUUAAACUAAACAUAUUGACCAGAACAACUGGUUUACUUUCUAACUCGGUCAUCUCUUUCUUGCAGAUGAGUUUGGGGGUGUGGAUACUUCAGGACCAACAAUGAGUGGUCGCAUGCGUUGUGUGAUCUGUCAUCGUGGUUUCAAUUCUCGCAGCAAUCUUCGGUCUCACAUGCGGAUCCACACAUUGGACAAGCCCUUCGUCUGUCGCUUCUGCAACCGCAGAUUUAGUCAGUCCUCUACUCUACGUAACCAUGUUCGUCUACACACAGGGGAACGUCCUUAUAAGUGCCAGGUUUGCCAGAGUGCCUACUCACAACUGGCCGGACUUCGAGCUCACCAGAAGAGUGCUCGUCACCGCCCCCCCAGCGGCUCAAUGCAGGCUCACUCCCCUAACUUGCCAGUCCCACACCCAGCCUCCCUGGCACAUCACAUCCCUACUAUGGUACUUUGAAGGCAGCACAAUAUUCACUAUCCAUUGGUCUCAAGGCCAGGCUUACAUAUGGACAUUUCUGUAUACCUAGGUCUGGGGCUGUGGUGGUUUAAGCUGUUGGUCUAUUUUGCAGCUGGGCUCUUGUACCUACAAAGUUUGACACUGCCAACCAAAACAUGUCACUUAAUAUAUAUUAAUUGGUAGAAUGUUAAUGCCUCAUUAAUAUUAGACAAGACUUAUUUUGCCUACUAACCAUUAGGUCUGGUGUGAGAGCUACCCAGUUUCACCUUGAGGUAGUACAUUCAUGGUAUAUAAUACCAUUUUCAUGGGUAACUUCAAAUGACUUGUUGCCCAACUGGACACAUUAGAAAACUGGACUGGUUGUCCAACUGGACACAUUAGACAACCUUUAAGUCAAAAGUCAUAGUCAAGUUGACAGAGAAUCCACCCCUUGUGGGACAUUUAGUAGGGUCAAUGAAAUCAAGAAUUGUCCUCUUCCUAACCAAUAUAAAAACCAUAAAACAUGUGGAACCAAGAGGAGUCAUAGCUCUUACUUAAUCUUAGAUUGCUAAGAAGGAAUUUUUAGGGGGAAAAGCAUCAUAAGAGCCAUAGUCCCCAGCAGCUGGAGUGCGGGCUCAGCGCAUUCCUCCCAAGCUCUCUAAGGUUUGACACCCAAUUCUUGACUCCAAAAUGGUGACAAAUCUUUCUGCUUACAUACAGAGAGGCUUUUUUUUAAAUAAAGGAAAAUAUAAAUAUAUAAAUAAAUCUAUAAAUAUAUAUAAAUAAAUGCUUAUCUAUACAUACAAAAUAAUUAAAAACGAUAUAUAUAUAUUACUUCUAAAGUAUAUGCAGCGUUUGCAGACAAUGGUUCUUGGCUGAAGACUAAGGGGGGGAGAGAUUGAGUAAUUUGACUUUUUUGUAAAUAUUUGAUGUAAAAUCUUUGAUACCACGCUCUGACG